AUGGAUGUAUGUUUGAUGCAUGCUUGUUUAUCUACUGGUUUAUUGGCUUUUGUGAUGAAUUUGAACUCUAGUAUCUUGUUGGCAAAUGCCUUGACAUACUCCACUUAUCAGCGACAUUAUUUGAUUGUCAAUCACAUUGGAGCAAUCCGGGCUGAGCAUGACGACUUCACCAUCCGUUUUGCUUUAUCUAUGAAUCAGCUAGUGUUGUUGAAAUCAAUUGAAAGUGCAGAUACAGAGUGGUGCAAGGAAGUGAAAGGAAACAUGUAUGAUAUGAUCGUGGAAGGUUUUCAACUUCUCAGCAGAUGGACUGGACGCAUUUGGGAACAAUGUGCAUGGAAAUUCUCUCGUCCCUGGAAGGAUUCAGUUCCUACAGAGUCACAUGAGAUGUCAGCAUCAUUUUCUGACUAUGAAAAGGUGGUACGAUAUAACUAUAGUGCAGAGGAAAGGAAAGCUUUGGUUGAACUUGUCAGUUACAUAAAAAGCAUUGGAUCAAUGUUGCAGCGCUGUGACACUCUGGUAGCGGAUGCCUUAUGGGAGACUAUACAUACUGAGGUUCAGGAUUUUGUGCAAAAUACAUUGGCCAGUAUGUUGCGGACCACUUUCCGAAAGAAGAAGGACCUUUCUAGGUUUGGGCUUGGUGGAGUUUUCCCUAGGCUUGGUGAAACUUAA